AUGGAGCUCAAAACACCGAAACAAGAGGCUGCGGAGCAGCAACUCUGUUCUGUGGCCAGCGUCGGAGAUGGAACCGUCCAGCGCCUCACGGUCGGAGACGCGCCCGUCAAGACACAAUUCUCGAAGUGGAAUAUCAUCGCCUUUGCCUUUGUGAUCUGUAACAGCUGGGCUGGAGUGUCAGGCAGCAUUCAGCUCGCACUUUUGCAAGGCGGGCCGGCCACCUUGAUAUAUAGCGUCAUCAUCUCAUCCAUCGCCUACAUGAGCGUUGCGAUCUCCCUGGCAGAACUGGCUAGUGUCUAUCCGACCGCUGGUGGGCAAUACCAUUUCGCAUCCAUCCUUGCACCGAAGAAGAUACGACGGGGUGUGUCUUAUGCGUGCGGCCUGCUGUCGAUGUUCUCGUGGGUUGCCAUCGGAGCAGCUGUCACCAUCAUCCCUGCCCAACAGAUUAUGGCACUGGUUUCUGCUUUGAACCCGAUGUUCGAGACAAAGCAGUGGCAUGUCUUUCUCAUCUACGAGGGCGUGGCAGCUUUCAUCUUGGUUAACAACCUGUUCCUACUGAAAAAGGCCCCUUGGACUCACAACAUCGGCUUCGCUCUCACACUGAGCAUGUUCCUAUUCGCCCUGAUAACUCUCUUGGCUCGCUCGUCUCCAAAAGCGUCGUCAAAGUUUGUCUGGGCUACGUUUAUCAACUACACCGGCUGGCCAGAUGGAGUGUGCUUCAUCAUUGGACUUUCAACUUCCUGUUUUAUGUACAUUGGCUUGGACGCCUCGAUGCAUAUCGCUGAGGAGUGCAAUGAGCCGCAUCGAACGGUCCCCUGGGCCAUGAUCACUGCUGUACUGAUUGGCUGCACAACAGCCUUUGCGUACACAGUUGCACAGCUUUACGCUUUGACUGAUAUUGAGGCAAUCAUGACCACCACCGAGUACAUCCCUUGGGUCGUGAUAAAACAGGGAUUUCGAUCGACGGCUCUCGCCACGGUCUUCACCAUCAUUGGCAUUGUCAUGACAAUGUUCAUCCUUAACGCUAUCCAGGAGACGGCGUCUCGGUUGGCCUGGUCGUUUGCCCGAGACCACGGUCUGCUCUUCUCGAGCAAGAUAUCCAGCAUCCAUCCAACACUGCAGGUGCCUGUCUACGCUCUGUUUCUGACGUAUGGGAUGUUGGUUGUGUGCGGCUGCAUUUUUGUCGCCUCAAACACAGCUUUCAACGCCCUGAUCGGCUCUUCGAUCGUGCUCCAGGAGAUCUCCUUCCUCGUCCCCGUUGUGCUCCUCAUAUACCGAAGACGAAGUCUGGAAUAUCUACCUAACACUCGCCAAUUUGCGACUCCAGCCGUAGUAGGUUGGACUGCCAACAUCAUCGUGGUCACCUUCUCCCUUGUCACCAUCAUCUUCUUCAACUUCCCCAUCUUCCUACCGACAUCGGCGAGCACUAUGAACUACACGUCCGUUAUUCUAGGCUUUGCCCUGUUACUGGGGAUCGGCAACUGGUUUGCCCACGCGAGAAAUCACUAUCAGGGACCAACCAUUAGCUUCGAAGCAGAUGGCAGCGGCCCUUUAGCUUCAUAUAUCCCUAGGGAGCAGCACACUGUAGCCGAAGGAGAAGCCUAA